CGCUAUGGUGCUGGCAUACGCAAUUUGGGUUCGGCCCUCUUCAUCGUAGGAACUAUGCUCUGGCUUCCUGUGGCGCUAUAUGUACCGGCCAUCACCUAUAAUCAGGGGCGGACUGAAGGCUGUCAUCUGGACAGAUGUCAUUCAGAGUUUCGUGAUGUUUGGUUCCAUUUUGGCGGUUUGCAUAAAGGGCACCUUCGAUGUGGGCGGACUGGGCGUGGUUAUCCAACAUAACGAAGACGGCGGACGUCUUAAUUUACCGGAGUGGACAUUGGAUCCCACAGUACGGUUGUCCAUGUUGUCUGUGAUUUUGGGUGGCACCCUGCAUAAGAUUCAAUCCUCGGAUGUCAACCAGGUGUCCAUUCAGCGAUUCCUAUCCCUGCCAAGUUACGAGCAUGCCAAGCGAUGUAUGCUGGUCUUCACAUUGCUCUUGGUGUUCCUUCUCAGCUGCUGUAGUUAUAUGGGCUUGGUGUCCUAUGCCGUCUACCACGAUUGUGAUCCAAUUAGUACUAAGUUAGCUACUGCCGUCGACCAACUGCCUUCUUUGCUAAUGAUGCGAACGCUGGGCUCACUACCUGGAUUACCAGGACUCUUUGUCUCUGGGGUUUUCAGUGCUGCCCUGAGCUCCCUUUCCACGGGCCUUAACUCCCUGGCUUGCGUCAUUACUCAGGAUAUCGUGAGACCAUUAUUGAAAAAACCGAUGACCGAGCGCCAGACGGCUUUUUGGUUGCGGGCCAUUGUCGUUGUUUGCGGAUUCUCCUGUCUUGGCAUGGUCAACAUUGUGGAGAAGUUAGGUCAAGUUGUUCCAUUGGCCACCAGCACGGCGGCAGUUUCUAUGGGUCCUCUAUUAGGAAUUUAUUGUAUGGGUGUCGGACUGCCUUGGGUGAAAGGAAAGAGUGUUCUGGUGGGUAGUCUGGUAUCCUUUCUAGCAGUGGCCUGGAUAUGUGUCAAGGCUCAGUUGGCCCAAAUGAAUGGAGAGAUUCGCUAUCCCAAGCUACCCGUUUCGGUUGAUGGCUGUGACUAUGCUUUUGAUAAUCAUACAGUCCAUGAUACUAUCCACGGGUACAGUCCCUCUGAAAGAAACGUCUAUCACUUGUCCUUCCUUUGGUAUACAGCCUUGGGUGGUGUGAUUUGUACUGUGGUCUCAUUAUUAGCUGGUUUGAUUUUCGGCUGGGAGGAUCUCAACAAAAUGGAUCCAGCCUUAAUCACACCCUGUAUGAGACGGUUCUUGCCUAAAAAGAAUUACCAGGCUGUUAAUAUGGAAGAUCUCUUUAAGCGCAAGGCGGAAAUUGAGACCCAAAAUGCUUCUUAAACUUUGUUAAUAAAACAUUUGUUUUCUUUUUUGUGUAAA